GGACAGGGCGCUGGAGCUGGUCAGGGCGCUGGAACUGGUCAGGGAAGUGGACAGGGAAGCGGAGCAGGUCAGGGCGCUGGAGCUGGCCAGGGAAACGGAGCUGGUCAGGGCGCUGGAGCUGGUCAGGGAAGUGGACAGGGAAGCGGAGCUGGACAGGGAAGUGGCCAGGGCGCUGGAGCUGGUCAGGGAAGCGGGGCUGGUCAGGGCGCUGGAGCUGGUCAGGGCGCUGGGGCUGGUCAGGGAAGCGGAGCUGGUCAGGGAAGCGGAGCUGGACAGGGCGCUGGAGCUGGUCAUGGAGCUGGACAGGGCGCUGGAGCUGGUCAUGGAGCUGGACAGGGCGCUGGAGCUGGACAGGGAAGCGGUCAGGGCGCUGGAGCUGGACAGGGAAGCGGUCAGGGCGCUGGAGCUGGACAGGGAAGCGGUCAGGGCGCUGGAGCUGGACAGGGAAGCGGAGCUGGACAGGGAAGUGGUCAGGGCGCUGGAGCUGGACAGGGAAGCGGAGCUGGACAGGGAAGUGGUCAGGGUACUGGAGCUGGACAGGGAAGUGGUCAGGGUACUGGAGCUGGUCAGGGAAGCGGAGCUGGACAGGGAAGUGGCCAGGCAAGCGGAGCUGGACAGGGAAGUGGCCACGGCGCUGGAGCUGGUCAGGGAAGCGGGGCUGGUCAGGGCGCUGGAGCUGGUCAGGGAAGCGGGGCUGGUCAGGGCGCUGGAGCUGGUCAGGGAAGCGGGGCUGGACAGGGAAGCGGUCAGGGCGCUGGAGCUGGACAGGGAAGCGGGGCUGGACAGGGAAGCGGUCAGGGCGCUGGAGCUGGACAGGGAAGCGGAGCUGGACAGGGAAGCGGCCAGGGCGCUGGAGCUGGACAGGGAAGCGGAGCUGGACAGGGAAGCGGCCAGGGCGCUGGAGCUGGACAGGGAAGCGGAGCUGGACAGGGAAGCGGUCAGGGCGCUGGAGCUGGACAGGGAAGCGGAGCUGGACAGGGAAGCGGUCAGGGCGCUGGAGCUGGACAGGGAAGCGGAGCUGGACAGGGAAGCGGUCAGGGCGCUGGAGCUGGACAGGGAAGCGGAGCUGGACAGGGAAGCGGUCAGGGCGCUGGAGCUGGACAGGGAAGCGGUCAGGGCGCUGGAGCUGGACAGGGAAGCGGUCAG